AUCCACUCCUCUUGCCUCCAUCACCCCAGGAACGAGGUGAGUCAGAAGCCUUUUCAUCACUGUAUCCUCCUCCAGGAUUUCUCUGUACAUACAAGUGCCUUCAUCCUCUGUUGGGUCUUGGGGAAGCAACUCGUGCUGCGAGAGAGAAGAGGGCAGCAGGUGCCUCUCCAGACACAAGACAUGUCCUGCUACGACCAGUGCCUGCCACGCCUGCAAUGCCGGCCCUGUGGCCCGACCCCACUGGCCAACAGCUGCAACGAGUCCUGCGUCAGGCAGUGCCAGGACUCCAACGUCUUCAUCCAGCCCUCUCCCGUGGUGGUGACCCUGCCCGGACCCAUCCUCAGCUCCUUCCCGCAGAACACCGCCGUGGGAUCCUCCACCUCCGCUGCCGUUGGCAGCAUCCUCAGCUCUGAGGGUGUGCCCAUCUCCUCUGGAGGCUUUGGAGGCUUUGGCCUCUCCGGCUUCGGCAGCCGCUUGUGCGGCAGGCGGUGCUUCCCCUGCUAAAGCUGCUGGCCGUGCUCCUGGAGGAUGACCUCCCGGGACCCACAAGUUGGUAGCGGCCCUGAGAGGGAGCACUGGGAUCUUCUUCUCAGAGCGACCAAGCUUAUACCAUCACCUCUUGCAAAAUGACGGGGCCAGCAUGGACUCUCAGAAUGCACUGCCCAUAUCUGCCUUUCCCCUCUUCCACUCUCUCCUUUUCCUCCUGAUGCCUUGUUUGUCACCUCUGCUCCUCUGGCCUGUCAAACCCAGACAGCCAGCCGAGGGAGGAGCUGAUGGCACUUCUCCCUCUGUGGAAGAAUGGCAGGUGGACCGCUGGGGGGAUAUCCACCAUGACCACGCAGUGAACACUCUGUCCCUGCUGCUUCCUGCUUUAUGUCCUCCCGUUGGAGCAACUUUCUUUCCCUCUUUUGCCUCAAUAAAAUUGUAGUGCAUCUCA